AUGACGGUCGAAAUAUUCAAUGAGUGGUUCGAUCACUUUUUGGAGCAUGUAAAACCUUCUGAAGUCAGUCCUGCCUUGCUCAUAAUUGAUGGCCACUCGUCGCACACGAAGAACCUAGCUUUUACCGAGAAAGCUAGAGCUAACUUUGUUAAGGUUCUAGUUUUACCACCUCACACUAGCAACAAACUUCAACCGCUUGAUGUAUCCUUAAUGGCAUCUUUCAAGACGUACUACGCACAGGAAGUAGAGCGUUUCCUACAACAGAAUCCAGGUAAAGUCGUCAGCCAAUAUGACGUUGCCGAGCUCAUGAAACCUGCAUUCAUCAAGGCGGCUACUACGGAAAUUGCUGAGAAUGGGUUCGAAAAAACAGGAAUUUGGCCAUUUUAUCGCAAUAUUUUUUCCGAUGAUGACUUUGCCCCGGCCACGGUGACUGAUCAACCCGAUCCUGAGAUUCUUCGUGAAGAAGAUACGUUUCGAUUGCAUCUUGAAGGUGCGCCUAGUCAAUCGACCGUAAACCGCAUUUCCUGUGAGGAUAAAGAAGUUCAAGUGCUUCCCGAAGGCAUCAUGGCUGAUUUCGCAGAACCGGACAGCAUCUCAACGGCCAAUAACCCGGUGUUUGAAAUAUCUCCGUCCAUCAUACUUCCGUUACCGAAAAUGGUCACCCCGAGAGUCACGAAGAGAAAACGCCAAGCAGAAAAGGCAGCUGACAUAACUUCUGCUCAAUACGCUGACACUUUGAAGGCGAAAGCAUCGAAAGACAUUAAAUCCAUCAAAAAAGAACAAAAACAACGCUCUCCGAAGAAGCCUAAGCAAAAUAAGGGCAAAGGGGACACCUCAUCUGAUAAUCUAUGCGAGAAAUGCGGAAGCCAGUUUUCUGAUUCAGAUUUCGGGCCAGCAAAGGAGUUGGACAUCCUGAGCAUCCUCUCCCUGUCCCUCCUUGAGCCGGGAGAUCGAAGCAACCGGCUGGAGAAGCUGGCCAAAAUAAACAUUUUUCUGCGGAAGCUUCAGACGAAACCGGCCGUAUCUGAGCAGCAGGCAGUCACCCAGAAUGAGUAG